AUGGCAGAAGUCGGCGGUGCGUGUUCAACGUAUGCGAACUUUGCCAUUGUUGAAGACCGAGGGGAAGCGUACCUUGGUGUUCACUUCGCCGCUCACGAAUUGGGCCAUUCGUACGGUUGCGUUCACGAUGGAGACGGACCGGCCAAGCACAUUCAUGGUCAUAAGGGUUCCCAGGAUCGAGACUGCGCCUUCAAGCACGGCUACAUCAUGAGUUAUUUUGACGGCGGAAUCAAUAGAUUUUAUUUUUCAAAAUGCUGUCUGGCGCAGAUGCGCGUUUUCUUGAGCAACCAAGUAGAACAGUGCUUCAAAAAUACAUUCCAAAUGGACUUCAUGAAGACCUUCCCGAAUUUGCUCCCAGCCAGGGUCACAUCUGUCGGCCGCUACUGCCAGGCAAAGUACCCAGAUAUGAAGAACGUCUUCUAUGAACCGGACCGGCUGAAGGAGAUAGAUUGCAAGGUGAUUUGUUCUGGUUAUAGAACGAAUGGGUCGAAGCGCUCCAUCGUUACCCCGGCUCUAGAUGGCAUGAUCUGUGACCAAGGAAAGAGCUGCAUCAAAGGACAGUGCAUCACGGGAUAA